UAUUUCUCUGUCUCUCUUGUCUCCCUCACACUUCCUUCAUCUUCAAUCCCCAUUUCAAUCUCUCUUUUUAACCUAAUUAAAUCCCCUUUUCAUUCCCCACAACACCCACAACUUCAAUCUCUGUUACAGAUCAAACUACGCUUCCUGAUAUCUCCAUACACCUUCUUCCCAUUGGUCUCCGAACUUGCUAAAGAAAUCGCCACCAGCGUUUCCCUCAAUGUUACUCAAGCUCGAAUCAUGGGAGCCAAUGCCGCCGGUGACCGGCUCGACCAAACCAUCGUUCUCGUCAAUCUAGUUCCCCUAAAACAAAAUUUCAAUUUCUCCACUGCAUAUUCAAUCUACCAAAAGUUCUGGAGGAAACAAGUUUCCAUCAGCAAAGCUCGAUUUGGAUCAUAUCAAGUCGUACACGUCCAAUUUCCAGGGCUUCCACCAUCUCCGCCUUCAAAUUCCGCUGUAACAAUCGAUUCUAAAGGAUUGCCGUCGAAGCCUUUUGGAGCAGACAUACAUAGAGAGAAUAAGAAGAAGAGUAAGCUGAAUGGAAGCAUAAUCGUUGUGGUUAUUAUAUCUUCUAUCACAGCUUUUGAUCUUCUCAUUGGAGCUUUUUGGCUUCUGUUGUUGAAAAGUGGAUGCUCUUCUUCGUCCCUGGGGAAACCAUCAGGUAAAAUUCAAAUCCACCCACCAGCUGCAACUCUGUCUGGAUUGAAGAUGAAGGAAGUGUGGGGGAGAUAAGAGAGACAUAAAUAUUUUUUUAUUUUUUAAUUAUAAGGGUAUUUUGAUCAUUUAAAAAUAGUUAACCAUAAAAUUCUAACAGUGUUAGAAAUUUGGAUUCAAAUGGUUAAAGAAAAUGUUUAUGGGGACUCAGGUCGUUAAACUUUUUGCUUUUGGACUCAAGUGGUUAAAACCUAUAAAACACAGGGACUCAAAAAGUAAUUUACCCUAAAAAAUAGUCUUAAAAAAUUACCAACCUUACAUUAUUUGUAAGGCCAACCGCAAUGUCGACAGCCCCCCUCCCACAUCACCAUGAGUGAUUCUGUGGCAAACAGCCAUGGUGUUGGCCGGGCUUUUUCGGGUGGUCUAAGAUGGAUCUCCAUUUAUGGGAUAAGAACUUGUGUUUUGUGGCCAUGAUUGAACCACUCUCUAGAAAAUUAUUUUUAUUUAUAACAACAAAAUUAUAACCUUUUAGUUCUUCAAAUAUAAUUUGGAUGUAUAGAACAUGUGAAACGUAUGUUUAUAAAGAAGGAGAAAGAAAAGUUUAAACUAUGUUUCAUGUCAUAUAUGAAUUAUAUCCAUCAUUAUUUUUUAUUGAGUAAACUGCCAUUUUGGUCCCUGUAGUUUGGGCACUUUUGCCAUUUUAGUCUAAAUCUCAAACUUUUUACAUCUGGGUCCCUGUGGUUUGUAUUUUGUUGCCAUUUUGGUCUAAAACUCAAAUCAUAUCAGAUUUCUAAAAAAAACCCUGCUAUUUUGUCCUUUUCUGAAGGGGCAUUUUGGUCAUUUUAAAAAAAAGCCCUGUCUGUCUCCCUUCUCUCCUCUUUAUCUGCAGAUCACCAAAAAAAAAAAAACCCCUGUCUCUCUCUCUCUCUCUUUUCUCUCUCUCUAUUUGCAGAUCAUCACCAAAAAAACCAAUCUCUCUCUCUUUUUUUCUCUAUCUACCGUCUAUUACCCUUCACUUAGGGUUAUAUGACAGUGAGCAAAGAAGAACCAGAAGCACCUGAACCACCACCGCCCUCAUCCAACCUGAACUACCUUCAUCAAACCCAGAUCAACUCUUCACACAAAAAUACAGUUUAUCCACAUCCACCCCCAAUCUUUCGAUCUCUCCAGAAGCAACGGAACCCGCCGGCGGCGACGGUAAUGGAGGUGAUGAUAUGGUCAGGCUUUGAUUUUGGCUCGGAUUACCAGGAAGAGGUUUAAUGGUUCGGGUUUUGUUCGGAUUUUGCUUUGGGUUUGGUGAAGGUGGUGACAGCGGCUGUUUGACGUAGUUGGGUGGCCGGUGGUGGUGGUGGUGGUGCUGGUGGUGGUGAUGGUGGUGGUAGUGGCGAUGAUGAAGCCAGUUGAUGACCAAAAUGACCAAAAGGUUUAGGGAUAUGUUGAAGAAGAUGAUGAGUUUGAAUAUUGGUCUGUGAAAUCGAAUACGAGUUUUAUGAUUCUGUAUAUAUUAAAUUUUAGAUAUUGUAGUUUUGUUAUAUAUUUAGAUCGAAUUUAACAUUCUCCAAAAGCUUUAUGUUGAAAUUAGAUUCGUUCGU